AUGUCCGAACCAAUCAUAUUGAGCGACGAAGACAACGUUAACGACAAUCCUCGCGAAGAAAUUAUGGCUACUGGACAGGUAUCCCGAAUAGCAAAAUUGCCGCCCUUCUGGAAAGAUGAUCCAACCGUGUGGUUCUUCCAAGUUGAAGCCUCGUUCGCUAUAGCUGGAGUAACAGUCGACGAGACCAAGUUCCAGUACAUCCUCGCGAACCUUGAACCCAGCAUACUGCCUUUUGUCUCUGACCGGAUUCAACAACCGCCGACGCAGGAUAAUCAAGAGAGAGCAAACUACGACAAAUGCUUACUGCUUGGAGAUCGUAGGCCGAGUCACUUCCUCCAACACCUUCGCAGUUUAUCAUCAAACCAGUGCGUCGACGCAAUCCUGAAAUCUCUAUUUAUCAAACAGAUGCCGCAGCAAGUUAGUGUCAUUCUCGCGGCCAGUUCGGAGGCAGACUUGGGGAAACUAGCGACGAUGGCUGACCAGAUCAUGGAUCUCCAGCGACCGGCACAGGCGUACGCAAUUCAACACGCUGAUUCCUCUAUAACUCAUCAGUCUCAAGCUCAAGCGCUCCCCACAGAGGUAACGACAAUCGACCUUCUCCGCCAAAUCAACGCGUUGACCCCGAGGUUUGACAAAGCCUUUAACUACCAACAAGAAGAGAUGGCUCGAUCUCGCAAUAGAUCGAGCAGAGGAUACAGCAAAAGCCGAGCAAACACACCCAGGGGAUGCGAGAAUUGUCGUACGAAAUCCCCAGGGCCCAAUGAGGACUCAACGAAUAACACAUGUUAUUACCACCACAAAUACGGGGAUAAAGCUCGGAACUGCCGUAAGCCAUGCUCGUGGAACUCUUCACCUCCCGCGUCGGAAAACUAA